UCGGGGGCUGUGCGGGUGCCACGGGUGGCCCCGGGGCUGAGGAGGGGGCCAUGUCGACGCUGGCCCCCCUGCGCCUGCUGCGCGACCCCUCGAACGCCAGCGAGGGCAACCAGAGCAAUGCCACGGUCGGGGCCAGUGGUGGCUGGUGCCAGGGGCUGGACAUUCCCAACGAGCUGUUCCUGGCGCUGGGGCUAGUGAGCCUGGUGGAGAACCUGCUGGUGGUGGCCGCCAUCCUGAAGAACAGGAACCUGCACUCACCCACCUACUACUUCAUCUGCUGCCUGGCGGUGUCGGACAUGCUGGUGAGCAUCAGCAACCUGGCGGAGAUGCUCUUCAUGCUGCUGCUGGAGCACGGCGUGCUGGUGAUGCGCCCCAGCAUCGUCCGCCACAUGGACAGCGUCAUCGACAUGCUCAUCUGCAGCUCCGUCGUGUCUUCCCUCUCCUUCCUGGGGGUCAUCGCCGUUGACCGCUACAUCACCAUCUUCUACGCCCUGCGCUACCACAGCAUCAUGACGCUGCAGCGAGCCGUGGUCACCAUGGCCAGCGUCUGGCUGGCCAGCACCGUCUCCAGCACCGUCUUGAUCACCUACUUCCACAGCAACACCAUCCUCCUCUGCCUCAUCAGCUUCUUCCUCUUCAUGCUGGUCCUCAUGCUGGUGCUCUACAUCCACAUGUUCGCCCUGGCCCGCCAUCACCUCCACAGCAUCUCCAGCCAUCAGAAGCCACCCGCUGCUCACCGUGGUGGCAGCCUGAAGGGUGCUGUCACCCUCACCAUCCUCCUGGGCGUCUUCUUCAUCUGCUGGGGGCCCUUCUUCUUCCACCUCAUCCUCAUCGUCACCUGUCCCACCAACCCCUUCUGCACCUGCUUCUUCAGCUACUUCAACCUCUUCCUCAUCCUCAUCAUCUGUAACUCGGUGAUUGACCCCCUCAUCUACGCCUUCAGGAGCCAGGAGCUCCGGCGGACGCUGCGGGAGGUGGUGACGUGCUCCUGCUAGGCAGGGGGACACGGUACCGGUACUGGCACGGCCACCCCCGCCCCAAACUGCACAGACGGAUGGACUGACAGAUGGACAGGAGGAGCCGCGGGGUGCCCACUCUGGGCGAGGG